AUGGAGCCUUUUUCAUUCCAUCAGGAGCAGAAGCUGGAGCAAGCUAUGCUAGAGACUCAAGUUUGGGGGCCAAAUCCUCUUCUUUGGUAUGGGUCUGAUAGAGUUCUCAAUCAACUACUGGUCAUACCCAUCGCUACCACGGCAGGACUAGGUGGGAGUAUCAUAGACUCUCUAUUUGGUGCAACGUUACAAUUUAGUGGAUUCUGCUCAAUUCUCCAGAAGGUUGUUGGGAAGCCAGGACCAACUGAUAAAAAGAUUUCAGGUCUCAGCAAUCUUGACAACAAUGCAGUGAACUUUGUGUUGACCAUGAUUUUAACUUCAAUAGCUUGUUUGUACAUAUUUUAG